GGGCUGGGGGGACUGGUGAGAGUCCGGGGAUCUCGGGAGUGGGGGCUCCGUCCCGCGACUGAGGACUGUCGCCCCCAGUGAGGCCGUCCUUGCUGUGUGACCUUGCCCUCCCUGAGCCCUGGGCCCUCCCGGGUGCUGAUGAGGAAGCAGGUGCACGGGCCAUAAACCCCAGACCCGUCGGUACCGGCGUGACGCGGGUGGGGCUGGCCGGGAGCUACGGGGUGGGGAGCUUCCUGGAAGAGGAGGCCCAGGCUUCGGGACCUGCUCUGUCACCAGCUGUGCGACCUCUGCGGGCCCCGGUGGGGGCAGCAUCCUCCCAACUCACCCACGCGGAGCCCAGGGUUUAAAUAAUAGUGAUACUAUCAGCAACCUCCCCCUCUAGGCUAGCAUUUAUGUGGCACCCACUGUAUACCAGGUACAGGGCACGGACUGCAUGGCAGGCUCUGGGGUGGGGCCGACUGCCGCGGACGCCACCUCCAGGUGUGCACACGGAGGCCAGCCCGAGCUAGUGGGGCCCUGGGGCCUUGAGCCCGAGCCCCGCCCCGGGGCCUCCGUGAAUCACCCCGCAGGAAUGGCCAAGCCGAAGCUGCGCCCCGCCCGAGCCCUGCCCGUGCCCCGCCCGACCCAGACACCGACACCCUCGGGGCAGGUGGUUUUCUUUCCCAGAGUGAGUGUCCCCGGGUGGCUCCGAGAUCAGCAAACAGCCCUGCGUCACCCCUCCGGCGCCUGCCCUCCCGGGGGACCUCCAGGGCCUGGGGGCUGAGGGGAGGCCCCCGGGGCGGCCAGGUCUGUGGCUGAACAGACCCCGCCGGGCAGGCCCCGGGCGCCCGGAAUGAGCGGUGUUUGCAGAGUCCGCGGCGUGUUCAGUCUUUAUUAAGUACGUGCUGUAUACCAGACCAGAAGAGGGGGACCUGACGGCUUCGGACGGGGGGAGGACAAGACUGCAAUGACCUAUGACCCUCUCAGAGAAGCACCCAGCCCGUGACCUCCGGGGCCGCACUGCCGUGGGGGACCCGGGCUUGCUUGCUCUUAACCGUCGCUUUUCCAGUUACAGCUUCCGGGUUUGGCACGGAAGCCGUCUAGCUGCACGCGGCGGCGACACGGUUCCCGUGAUGGACUUCACGGUGCUCGGUGCCACUCCUCUGGCGCAGGGAGGGCCGCAUUUCCCCUAGAAUGACAGUUUUUACAAGCAAGCUGACCUACAGGCAGCGGACGUCGUAGUGACUCCGACAGAACUGGGGGUGGGGACACGGCCAAGGGCUGCUCCAAGGGCUGGGAACAGCCACUCUUCCCUCCCCAGCUGUGAAGAGGUGACGCCCAACUUGGGUGCCAGGCCAGGCAGCACGGGAUGCUCAGACAACAGGCUCCAAGGCCAGGGCAACCUCGGGGGGUGGCGGGGCGGGGGCUCCCUGGAGGAGGUGUCCCGUGGGCUGCAGCUAAGAGGGCUGUAGAGGGGCAGACAUGAAGGUCCUCCAGGCAGAGGGAGCUGCAGGAGGAGGACGAGGAGGUCGGGUUUGGGGUAGGGACAGCUGCGAGGCCUGGGGGUUUGUGCAGAGGCCAGAGGAAGGCCGCACUCCAGGGAGGCCGGGAGCCACGGAGCUAUGAGCGCAGGUGCAUGACCUUGGCGGGGGGAGGGGGCUCCUGCAUCUGUGCUCAGCAGAACCCCGAUGCCUGAAGGGCACCAGCCGCCCCCCCGGGGCGGGGGGCAUCAGAUCAAGGUGUGGCCAGAGGCUCCGGGGCCUUCCGGGCCCAGCAGGACAAGGUCCACGGCCUGUCGUGGCUUUAUGGCUCGGGGGGCGGAGGGCCGACUGGGAAGGGACAGUGUGCCCUGGGCAGGUGCCACGGAGGGAACCCGGAUGCCCAUCCCUGCCUCCCUUCCUCCCUCCCUAAGUCUCAGUCUCCCCACCUCACAUCUGUUCAUGAGGGACAGGCCCCCUGAAGGAAAAAAAAAUCACAGAAGGAACCUCAGAGUGGGCGCCGGGAGGGAGGCGGAUGCACAUGCUCCUGGGGCCCGGGGAGGCGGCCUGGGGAUGGGCUGGGGGAGGCGAGGUGCGGGGCACCAUCUGCAAGCCGAGAUCGGGGGACACCUGCAAACGUCAGAUGCUCAUGGGGCAAACUGGUGGGUCAGAAUGGGGGUGGGUUUCAGGUACGGCUGGAUCCAGGAGUCCAAACAAUCCCAGCAGCCCAACAAGCCCAGCGGGCAGAGGGUCCGAUUUUCCUAGGUAAUUGCCAAAUCUCAGGAUCAGGAUUUCAGGUCUCUGGCAGGUUGGGUCACAUGUCCAUCCCUGAGCCAAUCACAGAGGCCAGAGGGUAGAGCGCCCUGAUUGGAGGGCUGGGGCAUUUACUCACCCCUGCACCAACCACAGAGGCCCUUUGGCCAGGACUUUGCCCUGGAAGGGACUGCAAGGUGUGCCUCUCCCCGGAGUGCUGCCUCCUGUUCCCUGACCCAUUGGCCCCGUUCCCUCCUCGUCCCUCAGCGAGCGCAGAGCGUCUCCGCCACAGAGCCGUGGCCAAGCUGAGACCCCCGGGACAUGGACCGCGUGACCAGAUACCCCAUCUUCAGCAUCCCUCACUCGCCCCGCCUGGCUGGCCUGGCCCCCGAUGAAGACGCCAGCUACACGUUUGAGGUGCUGGAUGUGGGGCCCAAGGCCAGUGGCUGGGGCCAGGACAGGCCACCGGCGUGGCCCGCUGACCGAGAGGCCCAGCCGAGCGCAGCCAGGACUGGGGCGUCCCUCCCGGGCCGGCCGUCGCCGUGGACGCUCUCUGGGAAGGCUGACGGCGAGGAGGAGGUGACGGCCUUCCGCCGGGACGCAAGGGACACCCAGGCUCGACGGCCGCAGGACCUGGAGCAGGAGCGCCGGGCGGUCAUCCAGGACCAGGCUCUCCGGAAGAGCAGCACGGUGGCCACGCUCCAUGGCGCCCCCGGCCCGCGGGACCCCCGGGACCCCAGCCAAGCCCCGUCAGGGCCCCCGGAGGACGACGCGGUGGACAGGGAGCAGAUCGACUUCCUGGCAGCCAGGCAGCAGUUCCUGAGUCUGGAGCAGGCCAGUGCGGGGGGCCCGCUCCACCCUCCGACACGGGCGGCCCCCGCACGAGCCCCCCUGGGGGCCAGCCAGGCCCCCCGGCCCCCCAGCGGGCUGUUCCUGGCCAACGGGUACGUGGUCCCGCCGAAGCCCCAGGAGAGGGAGGUGGUCCUGGAAGAGAAGAGCAAGAGCGGCCCGCCUGCUGCCUCUGGCGCCCGGGCUGCGGGUGACCCCGGCUCCCCGGACCAAGGGGGGGCCCCAGAGCUCCCCACGGAGACCCCCAUCGAGCGGGAGAUCCGGCUGGCCCAGGAGCGGGAAGCGGACCUGCGGGAGCGGAGGGGGCUGCGGCAGGCCCACGCCCAGCAGGAGCUGGUGCAGGUCCCCAGCCGGCCGCUGCUGACCAGGGUGGGCCUCCUCCCCGCCCCCCGGCGCGAGCGAGGGCGCCCGUCCCUCUACGUGCAGCGGGACUUGGCGCAGGAGACGCAGCGGGAGGAGGCCCACCGGCAGGGGCUGCAGAGCAGGCGGAGCGCGGCCUCCCCGGGGGCGCAGCCCAGGCUCCGGAGAGCGCGCAGCUCAGACUCCGUCCUGGAUGAGCCCGGGAAGGUGAGCCGCGCCCUGCCGGAGCCCUCCCCGCCCUACCUGCGCCCCGGGAGCCCCCCGCCUGUGUCCCGGGCCUCGCAGGCGCGGGUGGGGGAGGCCGCGCGCGCCCGGACGCCUCUCUCGGGACCCUCCGGAAAGCCCUGGGGCGCGAGGCAGAGGAGCAGCAGGCCCCCCUCGGAGCCCCCGCGCGCCCACGGGGCGGUCAUCCCCUGGGAGUACUUCCACCUGAGUCCCCUGCGGUUCCGGGUUCCCGACGCGCCCCCGCCGGAGGCCGCCCCCGCCCGAGGCUGGGACCGGGGCGCCGCGCUGGCGUCGAGGCUGCAGAGGUCCGGGUCGUCGGAGCUGCUGGACAGGGAGGUGGAGAACGUCCUGCGGCGCGAGCGGGAGGUGGCGGCCGAGCGACGGAGCGCGCUGUUCCCGGAGGUCUUCUCCCCGCCGGCCGAGGAUGAGGACCGGGAGCCGGGCUCCAGGAGCUCCUCCGCGGCCUCGGGCGUCACCGGCCGCUACUCCGUGUCCGAGGCCCACUUCUUCAGCCCCGUCCUGCUGCACUCCGGCCUCGUGUGGACGGCGGACGGCCCUGCCCAGGCUGCUCCUGGGCAGAGGAAGAAGGAGCAGCGGUACGCCAGCAUCAACUCCCUAGACCGCAUCGACUCGGAGGUCCUGGAAGCCACGCGGGUGACCCACCACAAGAACGCCAUGGCACAGCGCUGGGAAGCGGGCAUCUUCAGCAAGGACUGAGCCGGCGGGUGGGGUGCUGUCACCCCUGCCCUGCAGCGCCGCGGGAGGGGAGACGGUGGCCGGUCCCCCCUGGCCCGUGGGAAGGAGGCCCCUGUGAGAAUCCAGGACCUGACGACCCGGGUCCGGGCGCCGCUCCGGGGGCAGAUGCGCGUUCGGGUGGGAGGGGGUUCUCUUCUGUUUUUAUCUUCCUGGAGACGUUGUUCUUUCUGUGGCUAAAACUGGGGACAAAACGAGA